UGCUUGGUGUAGGCACAACGGUCAUUUGCAAUAUCGAGAAGCUCUUUCAAGAGAAAAACAAAAGAUUGAAACUUUACAGUCGAAGAAAGGGAAGAAGAAAAAAUGGUGACAAAGCGAAGAGAUGCUGUGGAGAUUAUUACAUCAGAUCCGUGGGUGACAAAGAAGAAAACAAAGAGCAAGAGCAGGAAGAAACUUAGCAAGGAGGUAGAAGACGACGGGACACCUCUUAGUGGUAUCUUUUGUCUUAAGAAGAGACAGGAUAUGAAGACGUUCGAUGAGAAAGAGGACUGCUUCAUCCUCGAUUUCGAUCCAAACGAUGCAUUUGAUGCAAAAAAUCGCUCUGAUAGCACUGAAUCUGAUGAAGAUGUGGCGAUCAUCCAUGAGAAAGGACAGGUGGCUUGUAGGGAUUUCCCACAUCCAAGGCAUCUCUGUUUGAAAUUCCCCUUUGGAUCAAGCCAACACAAAUCCCAUUGUAAUAAGUGCUACUGUUAUGUCUGCGAUUUGGCUGCGCCUUGUGCACAUUGGACUGCUACUUUGACACCGCACUGUGAGGCAUUAGAGAACAGUAAGUGGAAGCCGUUGCGAGAGUUGUUCCGGAACCGUGGUGUUCACCGUGCAACCACCAACAAGUAGAGAGAGAAAGAGAACCUUCUCAGUUCUCAUGGGGGGUUUGACAUUUGAUGAAUAAAAGUAGGGGGGGGGGGGUACUCUUGU